AGCACCGAGUCUUGCUUCAACCGUCAUUCUCAACAAAAAGGAAACGAAAAAUAAAAUAACAUUAAAGCAGAAAAUCUCGCUCUCGAUCCAAAACUCGUCAACACCAUGUACAGCUCGAUUUGGCUGCGUCAAAUCGAGUUUUUAACAAAUUCUCACUCGACCCAACAUGGCCAUUACAAAAGCGGAUAAAACUCGCUCUUGAUACAAAACUCGUCAAUACCAUGGGCUUGGGUUCAAUUGUCAUUCUCAACGAAAAGAAAAAUUAGAAAUUUAAAAAUUACUAAAGUCGGGUUCAAGUCGCUUUGAUCUGGUCGAAUUAGGAUUGAUACCCAUGAGAUGGAGUUCAAUUGUCAUUCUUAACCAAAAGAAAAAGAGAAAUAAGAAAACACUAAAGAAUAGUAACUCCAAUGUUAGGCUUUUAUAUAUUUCGAGAUAUGGUAUGGAUCUUCGGCAGUAGCCAUGCUCGUGGCAAACGAUGGAAGAGAACUACUUAUGAUUUCGUCGAUAGUAUUUCGAGAUGGGAUGCACUUUAGUGAAAACCAGGGAGCAUAAUUGCUUGAAUUUAAUAUCGACUAGUCUGAACAUAAGUUGGGUGCAUGAUUGCUUCACAAUGAUUAUCUUCUCAAUAGAUCGUGAAACUCAAGGUACAUGGCUCAUUAGAGAUCAUUUCUCCAUUUUUUAGGCGUUGAUCACUUCAUCUCACCUCAUGGGAACCCCUUCUAAAGUCUAAACUAGCUUGCAUCUUAAUAUCCAUGCAUACUAGUUUACAGUGAUUCUUUCGUUAAAAUCGUCCUAACCAUAACAUCUCUACAAUCGGCAGAUUAUCAAGGGCUUGAAAGAGGUUCUAUAUGGGAUGAAAGUUGGACGUUUGUGCUCUUAAACAAGACAUCAUGCAUUUCUGGGUGAUUUCAACUCAAAACAACUGUUGUCUGUUGCUGAUGAUCUCAGUUUUUCCUGCAACCUGUUGUAGGCAAGAGAAGAACUAUGAUACCAUCAUCUGUUGGGUAUGUCAGUGAAGCUUGAAACCGAUCCCAUAUGAGGUUAGCUAGUUCCUAGACCCUUGUUGCAUUUGAUUUCGUGGAAAACGAUGUAAAAUGUCAGGUUAACUGUUAUUUUCUGCUCUUGUUCUUCUGUCAGAUGGCAUGGUUGUUGCAGUUUGGUCCUCGGCGUAUCUAUUCGCUCAAGCAAGGGAGCCUCGGAUAUUUGAGGAAUAACUCGGGAAGAUAUUCCUAUGAACUGACAUGACGAUUAAUUCUGCUUCCACCAUAGCUCCCGAUUGACCGAAGAGCAGUAAUCGGUAGAGUCCAAUGCACAAGAACCAGAAACGCGAAGACAUACUGCAGCGUCGAUUCUUCCAAGUUCACAAAUGGAUGUUGGAAUUUCGGCCGCCUAACCGCUUAUGGAACCUAAAUCGCAAGUGGAUGCAGGUAUUUUGGAGCACGUUAUGAUCGAAAUACGUUUUCUGAUAUUUCCCCGCUGUUCUAUGCGAUCGUCGUCUGGAUUUAUGUUCUUUUUCUCGUUUAUUUCUUGCUAAUCAAGUGGCCAAUACAGCACAGGUCAAUAUAUCGCAAAAAGUCAAUAAAACGCCAAAAUAUCGCGAUAUAUUAAUAUAUCAUGAUAUCUCGUCAAUUUCAAUUUCUCGUCAAUUUCUCGCGUUUCGAUUUUGGUUUUGAGGACCCGAAACGUUUCGCGUUUCUCCCGUUUCUGGUGCCCGUUUUUUCACUUUGCGGGGAUUUUCCGUUUUCGCAGGCUGUCCGCCUACCUCCCACCCGAAACGCCUCAUGAUUUCAGUUUUUCUGGGCCUUCGAUUAAAUAGAGAGGAAGUAUUUUGGGCCAUUGUCUAACUAAAGCCCAUGUUUUCCCCAGUCCAGCGCCCAUCUCCAUUCUAAAACGGCCCCGCAUUUGCUUUUCUAUGGGCUUCAAUUAAAUAAAGAAGAAGCGUUUCGCUUUACGAAAAGUUUCGAGUUUCGUGCGUUUCUAGUACCCGUUUUUCCACUUUGAGGGUGUUUCCGUUUUCGACAGCAGUCCGCCUACCACCCACUCGAAACGCCGUCCGAUUUCAGUUUUAUGGGCCUUCAAUUAAAUAGAGAGGAAACCUUUUGAGCCAUUGUCUAACUGCAGUCCAUGUUUUCCCCAGUCCUGCGCCUACCUACCAUCAAAACGGCGCCGCGUUUGCUUUUCUUUGGAGCUUUAAUUAAAUACAGAAGAAGCGUUUUGGGACUUUGUCACUUCGCCCCUGUUUUCCCCAUCAAUGCUUAGCUUGGAAGCUCCUACGAGGCGAACUGUUUGUUCUUCGCAGAAGGAAGGGAGAGAGAGAUCAAUCAACCAAUCACCCCAACCUCCGAAACCUCCCUCCACCAGAAGCUUAACCACCAUUUACGAUUCCUAAUUCGGGAAAUCCCAAUCUGGUAGAACUGUCCGUCUCCUGGUCGAGUUAAGGGCGGUAGACUCUGUUUGUAACUUCGGAGCACAUAGCGCAAUGCAGAAAAUGGCACAUAGUUGGUUCUCAGGUACCGUUAGCGAAGACCAACAGCUGCCACAGCAGCAGAACACAUCGUCGUCUCUCUUGGCUGACUGGAAUUCUUACGCCUCGUCCAGAAACGCCAACGAUGAAGGCAGCGGAAUGAGUCUCGGGUUCGAUCUUGAAUCCGCCGUCCGGUCCGCCAACGAAACAGUUUCGGGAACCUUCAAUGUACCCUACGAUCUCGCAUAAAGAAAUUAGCAGAUUGGUGUAUGGUGUUGGAAAGUUGCUUGGGAGUCAAGAGGAACCAUAGAGAUCAUCGAGUUGUAGACAUUGUUUAAGUCUAUAUUUGAGAGCCUUCUAGUAGUCUUGAGCAACACUCACAAACGAUGAACUUGUUGGCUGGAAAUUCAUUGACGUUUAUGAUUCUUCAUGAUUUGUUUCCUAAAGGUUGCAAAUUUAAUUACUUUCUGAACAUAGGAGUCAUCAAUCAAUGCAUGUAAUGUUUGGGUUGUGAUGUUCUAAUUGAAAGGUGAGAAGCAAUUGAAAACAUCAAAUUUGCUUUUAUGAUUAGCAGUUUUCUUCAGCUGACUCGGAAGUUUUCUUUUUGGUAUUUUCCACAUUCUUGGAUUGUGAUUCUUUAAUAAGCAGAUAAACAGAAGUUACAAACUUGAUGUACAAGUCAAUAUCCUUUCACGAUGUACAAGUCAAUAGUUUCCUGAUUUUCUGUCUAUGCGAAGAAAAUCAGUCAUUGGAGUAUCAUGCCUGAGAAUUGCUAGCUGAGUUAGAGGCUUUGAACUGUCACUAAGGACAUUAUGAAUUCAUUAAAAUAAUGAGGCAGAUGUACUAUGAGUUGUCUAAUCCUAGGCAGCAAAGAUAGUUAUGCCAUGUGUUAACAUGUCAUCUAUCAGAACUGAAGGAAGCCAUUAAUUCUGAGAUGCUUUAACUGGCUUUAAAAGAGUUAUAUUCUCAAGAAUGGUGUAUAUACAUACAUGAUCAUAUAUCCUUCCUUGUUGGACACCCUAAUUCUGAUCAUUUUCCUUCUAACAUUAAAUGAAAAUGUAUGCAGAGGCUUACAUUUUCAUUGGCGUUCCUAGGCAGUAUGGCAGGUACCAUAUAUGUCUCCAUGGUUCAGCUACGUUCUUUCAGUACACUUUUUUGUGAUACAGGUAACUGCUAUAUAGUAUGUUCAGGAUGUCGACUUAAUGAAACCUUAAUUACUGCUCUUGGUUGCAUACUUGCAUGUUGGAGUUGAUUUUCCUGCAAAUCACUCAAUUCAUUUCAGCUCUCUGUGUAUAUCAAGAACUAAAUCGAGAUAUGGAAAGUGGUGGCCGGUGAGUUAGGAGUAAGGAAGUGGUUAUUGAAACAUUUCAGAUUUCAGCAUAUAUAUGAAAUGAGGUACGUAGGAGACUAUCGAUCGAGAGUACUGAGGUUGACGGCAGUGGCUGAGGCAAAUCUCAAAAUCCAUACUGCAUAUAUAUGUCGGUUAGCGGACAAAUAAAUAUAUGGUUUCCUUUCCUUUCCACACAAAAUCCAUAACAUAGGCCCGGUCGAUGAGCAAGCUAUGCCAGCCGGAAGGAUAAAGGCGAUGCUGAUUGGCCGCCACUUGUCUCGCUUCACCAUCACUCAUGCAUUUUUCUAGCUAGCUAGAUUUAUCCACUCUGCCACCACCCAUUCCCGUUCCCAUGCAUGCACCCCCUCCCGCUUUUGUUCCUUCCACAAUCCACAAACUAUACCACUCUUCAAUUAACCCAUUCAUUAGUUCCUUCCCGCUUUUGUUCCUUCCACUACUCCCAUUGCGGAAGUGUAAAAGAGUAAACUUUGAAGCAUAAUUUUGACUAUCUUAGUUAGGGAAAAGUGCGAUUCUACUUAGAAGCGUUUUGAUGAUCUAGAAGCAUAAAAAUGUAAGCUUCAAAGAUUUAAAACACUAUUUUGACCGCAUUGUUCUCUAUAACUCGAGUUAUUCGGAUCUACAGAUUCUUGAGAGUUGUUUCAUAAUAUUAACAAAUUCUAUAACCAUACAUGUCUAAUCGACAUGAUUGGUUAGCUUGCUAACCAUACGGGUUAGCACUUAGCAUCAUACUAAUUAGUAGUACAACAGCAGUUAUUAUAGUCAUUGUUUUUGCAGUUGUAGUCAUUUAUUGUAGUAGCAGGACUACAUCUCCGGCGCAGAUUAUUACAACUCAUAAUGGUGUUAUCCCCUAGUCGUUGUUAUAUAUAUACAUAUAGUAUGGAUGCAGAUCUAGGGCUGGGCCAACUCGGGCCACAGCCCAAUUCUCCGUCGGAUCCAGAGCUAGUAUAGUGCUUACAAAUUUUUCGAUUUUAGGUAUUCGGCCCAAUACUAUUUAAAAGUCGGUCGAGUGUUAUUUGAUAAUAGAAUUUUGUGUAACUA